GCUCCGGUUUCAGUAUGUUGUUGGAGAUCAGCUGUUCUCGCAAAUAACCCCGAUUCUCCUUCAUCUGCGGCUGCUGGCUCCAGCAUGGGGAACACCAGUGAGCGUGUGUGUGCGGGAGUGAAGCCGCAGCGCUCAGACAGCGGCGGGCAGCGAGAUCUGGAGCCCAGCCGGAUGAUGGACAGCACAGACGACCCCAACAUCUUCAACACACACGGCCCGGAGUCCAAGGCUGCUGGGGAUAAGGACGUGGCCCCGGGGCUGGAGGAUCUGUGCAAAGCUCCUCCUCUUUCUCCUCCUCCUCCAGCACGGCCGACUGUGAUUCGCUGGGCCGGCGGCGGCAGGGAGGUGUUCAUCACCGGCUCCUUCAACAACUGGAGCAGCAAGAUCCCGCUCAACAAGAGCCAUAAUGAUUUCGUGGCCAUCCUGGAUCUUCCUGAGGGUGAACAUCAGUACAAGUUCUUCGUGGACGGUCAGUGGCUCCACGACCCCUCUGAGGUGAUCAUCAUUCAGAUCUACACCGUCUGUGACCCGGCGCUGCUGCCUGAACCCAACCACGUGAUGCUGAACCACCUGUACGCGCUCUCCAUCAAGGAUGGAGUGAUGGUUCUCAGCGCAACUCACCGAUACAAGAAGAAGUACGUGACGUCACUGCUGUACAAGCCCAUCAUCUGAAGAGUCCACACACACACGCGCACGCACACACACACACACACACAGUGGAUCCAGACCUGCUGCUCAGAGUGUGUGUGAUGAACUUUCAGUGUAUCCUGAAAUCUCACACAGCAGUUCUGCCUUCACAGGAGGAGCUUUCACACACACACACACACACACACACACACACACACACAUGGACAUGAACACAGCAGUGUUUCAGAUCAGCUUCUGCAGUUCAUAGUGGCUUGAUUUAUUUUAUAACCUGAGGAGAGAGUGUGUGUGUGUGUGUGCGUGUGUGUGUGCGCGUGUGCGUGCGUGUGUGUUUUACUGCAUGGUGUGUGUUUGCCGUGAGCACUUUAGCAGACACACAGCAGGUUUAUUUCUGUUCCUUAUUUUCCUGUGUGUUCCAGCAGGGGUUCUCGAGUGUGUGUGUGUGUGUGUGUGUGUGUGUGUGUGUGUGUGUGUGUGUGUGUGUGUGUGUGUGUGUGUCAUUUCUGGCCAUAAUUUAUUGGUUGUAAAGGUUGAAUCUCCUGCAGUGUGUGUUGUUGCUGUGUGUUCCUCUAGAGAUGAGCUCAGUCCGCUGAUCCUGACUAUGACCUGCUCUCUUCAUCUGCAGCGCUCUGCUCUCUGAGGACUGUAAUGUGUUAUUUAUUGUGGGAUGUACAGAUCAGUCCUGCUCUAGAUUUGCUGUUUUGCUUUAAUAAAGGGACUGUGACAGCA